CCGGCCGUGUUGGACGCGAAUCUUCCCUGUGGGUCGCCUAUCUGUCUAGCUCAGCCACAGCCUGUCUGUCUGGAGCCAAGCCCUAGAAAUCGUUGGGAAGGUCAGUGUGGUUUUUUGACGGUUCGGUCAGCAAGCAGCAUCCCGUUUACAUCUCUCAGCUGGAAGAAUGGUUGCAUGUUGGCGUUCUCGUUUGUCUGCUGCAAAAGUCACAUGCAAUAAAUUUUAAAAUACUUAUCGCUGGGGGUGAGUGUAUGGUUGUGUAUGUGUGUUCCGCGUAUGUGUGUCCCAAGUGAGCGCAGUGAAACCAAACAAAAGCCGGGAAAUAGACCCCCAGUCGACCGCCCACUGAUUGCGGAACGCUAACUGAAGUGUUUUGGCCAAUGAGCGCCAACCCACCAAGAAGUGUCUAAGAGUGAAAUCCUUUAAGCAAAGUGAGGGCAAAAUAAAUUAUGUGUAACUUUGCGAAAUUGGGUCUCGAGUCUCGAGUGCUGUCCUGGGAUGAAAUUGCUCCUUCUUCGAUGGCGGAGGAAAACUUGGCGAAGAGAUUAAGGUCGAGAAUUUAAUUUGGGCGCGUUGGGAAGUGAAACAGGAACCGGAAGUUCUGCUCCAGGAUCUGGUUGGUGUUGCUGCCGAGUAUCGUGUUUGUCAACCCUGGUUGUAAUGUGGAUGCGAAUAGGUUACAAGUGAACCACUUCUGCUUGUUUUUGAAGUUCUACACCUUACAAUGCAAAAAAAAGUUGUGACGUGUGCUCGCGUACUCUUAAAAGGAAAAAAAGUAUUUAAUUAAUGGCGUUUUGUUGUUAGCAUCGUGCUUCUACAAAGUGAAAGCUGAGCGUGAUGCUAAAUGGAGUGCUACCAUUCGUGUUGCAGCGCGGACAUUGAGAAGUGGUGACAAAUUGUGAGACAUCUAUUUCGUGAAGUAAAGCUCUUGAUGUUGGUUGGGGGUUCUGGUUGUUGAAAAUGCAUAUUUGCUGUUUUAUUUCGCCGCCUAAUGGACUGUAAGAAGAUGGUGAUGAAAUUUGUGAAUUGUCAGAAAUUGUGAAUAACUAUUAGAAGGAUUAUUGGAGCGUAAAAUAGAUAAUGUUGCCGCAGCUGUAAUGGAUCUGAAAGCUGGCAAACAUCUCGUGGCCCCAGCGAUAAACAAUAUCAGUUGCAGCAAACAAAGCUUCGCCAGUGGUUUCUUCGCCCAGAUCGGCCCACUGGAUGUCCUACAAGCACUGUUCAUCGUGUUCCUCACAUUUCUCGUGAUCAGCGCCAAUCUGAUGGUGAUCGUGGUGAUCAACAGCCGCCGGUAUGCAGCGUACAUUCACCCGCAGCCACGCUACCUGCUGACCUCGCUGGCCCUGAACGAUCUGGCGAUUGGGCUGCUGAUCAUUCCCUUCGGGGCGUUACCUGCCUUACUACACUGCUGGCCUUACGGUGAAAUAUUUUGCCAAAUUCAGGCCUUGCUACGUGGAGCUUUAUCACAACAAAGUGCUGUUAUAUUAGUCUGUAUGGCGGUCGAUCGGUAUCUAUGCGUACUGCAUCCUCGAAUCUACCAUAAGCGGUCCAGUAAAAAAGGCUGUGUAGCGAUUUUGAGUGUAACGUGGAUUUUAUGUUUGACCUGUUUUGGGCUCCUGGUGCUUCCGAAAGGGUACUACUUCAACAAAUCCGGACUGCUGGCGUGCGAGCCGUUCUACAGUAAAUCGUCCUACCGGAUACUGUCCAGUUGUGCGCUGUACUUCCCGACGACGAUGGUGCUGAUGUAUUGCUACGGGUCGAGUUUCCACGCCAAUAGAUACAGACUAACGACGCCAGCCUCCGUUAAUGCAGCCGCUGCUGCCUUGUCCUCGAUGCAGAAGCAGCACCAGCAGCAGCAGCAGCAGGGAAGCUCUGAAGGCAACGGGGGAGGCCACCCUGGAGGAGAUGGAGGCUGUGGAGGAGCUACUACGACUACGACGACCGAAAUCGGCACGAUCAACAACUCGUCCUGUGCCGGAACACCUACGGCUAUCUCCGUUGUAACGCCCUCGUCCUUGUCGUUCUCGGAAAAGCUCGCAGACCACGAACAGAGACUGAAUGGAUCAACUUCACGCACAAUGGCGGCAAUAUCAUUAGGUUUUAUAGUAAUUAUUACUCCCUGGACGAUACAGGAGAUUGUGGCGACAUGCACAGGAUCAAAGAUACCGCCAUCGAUUGAUUUCUGCGUCACAUGGAUAGCGUUAAGUAGUAGCUUUUGGAAUCCUUUUCUCUACUGGCUCCUCAAUGCCAGAUUUCGUAGAAUCUGCAAAGAAAUGUUAACAUCAAAGUGCACCAGUAGCCAAACCUCGCUGGAGGAAAAGUGUAGCAUAAGCUUAGAGUACGAUCAGCACCUGACAGCACUGCCGCUUCCGCCGGGUCCUCCUCCUGCCACAAUUUGCCGCUCGGCGAACCACACACCUCGUCCGGAUAUCGAAUGUACGGAGAGGUACUGGAGUGGUAUCCCAGAGCGAACUUACAGUACAGGAAGCAUCAACGCCCUUUACCGCAGUACCUCGUCCAGCUCGACCGCGUAUCAUCAGACGACUUUGCACAGGCAUCAUCAUCGGCAUCGACAUUACCAUCAGAAUGGGAGCAACGGAAGUAAUCAUCACAGCAGUAAUAGCAUCCACAAGACGCCGAUGGACGACGAAAAGGACGGAGACUUCAGUGUGAUCUUUCCGAUGACCAAAUCGGAUCCGGCCAUGUCCUGCGAACACGAACUGCACGACAUCAACUGUGCCAAAAAUCGUGCGUUCUUCCUUGGUUUCAACCACCAUCAAGCCCUACCCGAUACCUAGUAUUACAGGGGUGCGGCGGGGUGGUGGAGUAGAGUAGGCUCGUUUCUACGAUGGUUUUUAUAUGAAAGAAAUAUAAUGGAAGUAAAUUAGGAAGAACAAAACAAUAUGUGGCAACCGAUUUUUGUAUGAUGCUGCACCGUAGUAGAUUUAUUGUAGAUUAAUGUAAAAUGGAGCAAAACUAAUCACGUGGUACGUAGUCUGUUUUGAAAGUUCAAAUGGAAAUUGAUUUUCUUCAUCGACAGCAUAGUGUUCAUUGAUAUUUACUAUAAUGGUGGCAUUCAUUAUUUGUUUCUUUCGUUGUGACAGGUUCCUAUCCAUAUAAACGUAUUUUAUAGCAUAUUUUUGUUAAAUUCUGUGCUGUGAAGAAUGAUGAUCAGAUGACUUUAACACUUUCAGUUUUCGAUUCCCGAAGUGACAAAUAACUAUUUCUGUGUAAAAAAAAACGAAUUGUUCUUGGGAAGAGUAAUUAAACUUCUUGUUUUACAUCAAUAUACAUAUUUUAUCGCAUCGUUA